GACAGGAAAUAACAUGCACACGCCUGCAUACAAUUGGAAGUUGUUUGGCUUUAUAACACCAAACAGCAUUUACAGAGACCAAGUAACUACGAAAAAAUAAGCGCUCACUAUGCGCCUGUUUUAAUUGAACAGCUAACGCUCCUAGCUACAACAUUUCUUAAGAGAAAUCGGACUGACUGCAGCGUAUGAAGUAAGAAAUCAGCAUGACUCAGUGGGAGAGACUGAGGAAACUGCCUGCUGUGUACGCACAGCAGUUACAUGAGCUCUAUGACAGGGAUGCUUUGCCCAUGGAUGUUCGGCACUACCUGUCUGGUUGGAUAGAGAAGCAGGAGUGGCAACGAGCAGCGCGGGACCAGGACUUGGCCAUGGUACUGUUCCAGGUCCUGUUGGAGAACCUGGAUAUUCAGCACAGUCGCUUUGUACAAGAAGAGUCUUUCUUAAUGCAGCACAACAUUAGGCGCUAUAAACAUAACUUUCAGAAGUACCAGGAUGACCCGAUGACCUUGGCAAGCACAAUCUCAUGGUUUUUGGAGAAAGAGAAGGAGAUUUUGCAGACUGCUGAUCUGGAUCAACAGGUCCAGUUUUUGCAUGUGGAAGAGGAAGCCAUGGAAACAACCAGCCAGCAGGACCUUGAACGUAAAAUGGCCGGCCUCAGGAAUGACGUGCAGUGUAUGGAACAUACAAUGAUAUGUCUGGAGGAGCAGCAAGAUGAGUUUGAUUUUAAAUACCAAACCCUCACGAUGGAAGCUAGGGGAGACGAGGCUGAUAGGAACCAACAAAUGAAAGUCCUUCAGUCACUUGUCAACAGACUGAAUGACUGUAGAAAGAGCACAUUGGCAGACCUAAACAAGCUCCUGGACAGGACUGAAGACCUGAUCAACACGUUGGUGAAGAAAGAGCUGGUGGAGUGGCAGAGGAGACAACAGAAAUCCUGCAUUGGAGCUCCAGACAAUGUUUGCCUGGAUCAGCUAGAGAAAUGGUUCACUUGUGUGGCAGUGUGUCUGUUCCAAGUGCGCGAGUUUAUUGGUAAACUGGAGGAGCUGGUAGGAAAAGUGUCUUAUGACAACGACCCUGUGAAGAUCCACAGACCAGCCCUGCAGGAGAGAGCAGAUACUCUUCUGAAAGACUUAAUUAAGAGUGCCUUUGUGGUUGAGACUCAGCCAUCCAUGCCUCAGGGGAAAGGUCCACUGGUUCUCCGCACAAAUGUCCAGUUCUCUGUUAAGACCAGAUUCCUUGUUAAGUUUCUUGAGCUGAACCACUCCAUGAAAGUCGAUGUAUCCAUGGACAGGGAGGCACCUCAGCUCAAAGGAUAUCGACAUUUUAAUGUCCUGGGGACCAAAAGCAAAGCCUUGAACAUGGCAGAGAGCCAGAGCGGAGGCAUGGUGGCAGACUUCAGACAUCUAACCUUGAAGGAGCAGAAGUGUGGAGGUGGCGGCAAAGGAGUCAGUGAUAUUUCUCUGAGUGUUACAGAGGAGCUGCACAUCAUCUACUUCAACACUGUGUUUGAGCUGAAAGGCGUGUCAGUUGCUCUGCAGGCCUCCUCCCUCCCAGUGGUCAUCAUCUCCAACUCCAGCCAGCAGCAGAGCGCCUGGGCCUCUGUCCUGUGGUUCAACAUGAUCAGCCAGGACACCAAAGACGUCAUGUUCUUUGCCAAGUCUCCUGCUGCUACUUGGCCACAAUUUAGAGAGAUGCUGAGCUGGCAGUUUCUCUUUGCCACCAAACGUGGUCUGAAUGAUGCUCAACGGGAAAUGAUUGCUUUUAAACUCUUUGGAAGGCAGCAGAACUAUGACACCUGCAAAGUAGCUUGGUCCAAAUUUAGCAAGGAAAACACUCCCGACACAUUCUGGGUGUGGUUUGAUGGCAUCUUGGUGAUGGUGAAAACCUAUCUUGAAGACCUGUGGAGGGACGACCUCAUCAUGGGUUUCGUGAGCAAAGGCAAAGAGAAGUCCCUCCUGAAGAAAAAACAGAGAGGCACGUUCUUGUUGCGCUUCAGUGAAAGUGUCAUCGGAGGUAUCACCUUUUCCUGGGUGGAUACCACCUCAACUGGUGAGCCUGAAGUAAAGACAGUUCAGCCCUUCACCAAAGUUGACCUUUGCCAGAUUCCCUUCCAUGAAAUCAUCAGGAAUUUCCAGAUCUUAGAAGCUGAAAAUGUCCCAGAAAAUCCACUACUUUAUUUAUAUCCCAACACCUCGAAAGAUGAGGCUUUUGGAAAAUAUUACACUGACAAAACUGGAUCUGACAAUCCUUAUAUAAAGUACAUCAAAACCAAGCUGAUGUUUGUGUCAAAGGAGAACACACUGGAGGCUAAGUCACCCAUGUCCUCUGACAUGGCACAGGGUGAAGGCCUGGAGCCAAACAAUGGCCCGUGUGGAGAGUCAGCUGAACAAAACAACGAUCUUCAUCCCCUGGAGUCUCCUCUGGAGUGUUCUCUGGAAACCUAUCCUCCUGAUCCCAUGCUGUCUGGCCCGGUUGGAAACCCGGAGGACGAUUUACUUUUGUAUCUUAACAACCCCAACCUCUUUGAUGAUACUGACAUCUUACAAGAUGAACAAAUGCUACCUGAGUUCGGUCUUCAAGCAUUUCAUUGUCUGCCUCAACAAUCCUGUGGAAGCAUGUUCAGAUAAGCAUCUGUUAAUGUUUAAUUUAGUCAAACCACUAUAUCUCUCUCAUCGUCAGCUUUACUUUUAGCUUCUUACAUUACAACAUACAUGUCACAAACUUUAUAGCGUAGCAAAUCCAGCAGUGACAAAAUAGUUUGCUUUGAAUACUUUUUUACUAUGAAAUACUUCACAGUCACUCUGCUAAUCCUGACAUAUUUAUGAAAAACUUUUGUUAUCACGUUUACUUGGAAAUCAUCAGAAUAUAGCCAUUACAAUUUCAAAUUGUUAUGCUGUGAUAUUGUUAAAUGUGGUUCAGUGAGAAUAUUUGAAGACACGAAAGAGAGAUAAUUGAAUGAGCUGGACUCAUAGCCACUCCACUAGUGUCCCAGAUACCACUAUUAGACCCCUUAAUUAUUGAACUCUAAACGAUUUGAAACGAUUAGCAUUUCGGGACACUGGAUUUUUCUAUUCAUAUAUCUAAAGAAUGUCAUAAAUCUGACUUUUUAAACUGAGGGAAAAGGAUGACUUGAGGUACUGUACAUAACUGAGACUGCACAUAAUUUGUUUUGUACCUGUUGUUUCUCUCUGACAUGUUCUGGUUGUGAUUCACUUUUCUGAAACAUGGCAGUUCCUCCCUUUUAUAUACUUUAACAUUCAUCUGUUCAUUUAUAAAUCAAAAUGAAUUGUUAAUACCAAUAAAUGUGAAAUUUGUUUGAUCUGUUACUAAUUACUGAAUGUUGAUAUUAACAUCAAUUGAAGCGACGGUUCGGCAUAAUUUUGACGUAGUCAUAUGCACCAUUACGUCUAUCUAAGCACCCCCUCAGCCCUUUUUUAAAAUUUGGAGAUAGUUAGAGCCAUCAGGCGAAUGGCUUAGUACAGGCGCUAAUGGGACCACCAGUGUAUCUGGUAAAUGACCCCACUAAUAAUGUCUGGAUUGUUAUCAAACUUCUACAGUAGAACAAAUAGGGUCUUUACUCAUAAAUCGAUGGAUUGGAAAGUUUGUAAGUACACCAGGAGUUUAUUAAAAUAAACACUUACCUGAUGGCUUUUACUCUGCUGCUACUGCUAAAGCUGUAAACAUCAUCGAAAUCACACGCGAUCACUGAAAUACUGUGUGGUCGCGCGAGAUCCCGCACAGAGCACAUCUAUUGCCGGAAGAGACUAGUAGUAGUAGUAGUGAAGAAGGAGCAAGAAGCAGAGUGGAAAUUGGGCUUGUGCUACCCAUGGUUUUAGCACAAUAUAAUGGGUAGUAGGUCAUUCUGAUGGAUAUUUCCUACCUGACAGUAUGUGCUACCCGUGGCUUUAGCACAGACCUCUUGAGGUCCCCCAGACUGCCCAACACGACCAGGUCAACCUCCACAUCCAUGUCAGCCUGGAGCUGAACUAAAUCCUCCAUAAUAUGCCCCAGAUGAAACUGGAGGUAGUCUGUGGGUUCGUGGUUGUCUACAUCACUCGCCAGUGACCCCAAAUCAUUGGCAAUGGCUCUCAUAACACUUUCCAUGGCUGGCACUUUAGUUCUACAGCGAAAAGUUUGGUGUAGCUAUCACUCCAGUCCAGGCAGUAGUAGUAGAUAGUAUUACACACACCAUUCAAACCAGUCCU